UCGGAAAUGGAAAUGUAUACAAAGCUAAAUGGAAGAGAGGUCCUAUUGAAUAUUACGACGAUAAUGCUAAAAAGUGGUACAGGCCUGGCGAGAUCGAAAUUAUUCUAAAGAAACGUCCAGAUAUUGAUAAAAGCAUAACACCGCAACCCAUUAUCGAUUUAAUCGAACGUUGCUGGAGUAACAAUCCCAAUGAUCGACCAGAUGCUAAUGAAUUGUUUAAGAAGCUUAGUA